GUCAUCACGCUGCGUCGGCUGCUGCUGUACACAUGUAAGCUGAAGAAGCAGACCUGAAGCAGACUGGUUAUGUUGGAGAAGAUGCAGGCUGCAGGAGGUCAGAAGAACAGUAAGAAUGGGCCGAGGGCCCGUAAGCGCCCCCUGCAGGCCUCCAGGGGUGCAGGUCAGCUGAAGCGAGAGCGUCUGGACGGCACCACAGUGGGAUACUUCAGACGCGUCACUGAGAGACUCAAUGAGGGAUUCACAGAUCCAGAGGAGAAAGCUCUGUUCGUGGAGAACGUGCUGUCGGAGGUAAAGGGUAAAGCGUGGCUCGUGGCUCUGGACAUGACUGGAAGUGUGGCUCUGGAGCGGCUGCUCUCAUUGGCCGAUGCGAAUCAGGUGGCAGAGAUGAUGUCAGAGCUGGGUGGAGAGGCGGGUUCAGAGUUCAGGGGCGUGGCCUGUGAUCAGUGCGGAGGUCACGUGAUGGAGAGCGCGCUCAGACAAGCUCACCGCUGGACAGAGGAGACCCCUGCGGAGGAGAACCCUGAAGAGGAGCAUUGUGGGAUGCUGGAGACUCAGGUUCAGAGUUUGAGUAGAGCGGUCAGAGAGAAAAUCACAGAGUUCUGCACAGACCCGUACGGUUCACAUGUGCUGCGGACGCUGAUCCAUGUGCUGAGCGGAUGCCAGAGUGUAGAACCCACAGCUCCACAUGCCAAGAAGGACAGAAAGAGUAAGAGCGAGCUGCUGGAUUUCGAGAUUCCCACAUCGUUCUGGUGGGAGCUCAAGCAUCUGGCCGACUGUCUGAUGGACAACAUUAAAGUGUGUGUGUCGAACCAGUGUGCCGGUGUGGCUCUGCAGACUCUGCUGACGGUGUGUCACAGGAAGAGGCCCAUUCUGUGCAGGAAGCUGAACAAGAGCAUCAUGGGAUACCUGACGUCUCUGAGCUCAGCUCCUGGAGUCAGUCCUCUGCUGGUGUUCCUGAAGGACCCGUCCAGCAGUCACCUCCUCCAGAGUGUCUUCAGCUGCUCCCAUGAUGCUCUGCUGCGAGACGUCUAUAAGAAGCACCUGAAGACACACAUGAUGACUCUGGCUCUGCAUCCCAUCGCCAACUACACUGUGCAGAGCCUAAUCGCAGCCGCAGCCCGAUCCCGAGUGCUUCCGAAGAUCCUGGAUGAGCUGCUGGAGGGUUUCGAGGCGGUUCUCGCUGCGGGUCAUAUGGGUGUGGUGGUGCAGAUGGUGGAGAGCUGCGUUCACUGUGUGGAGAAGCAGAGCGAGAUGAUGCAGCGCCUCCUGCAGGCCUUUCACUGCAGUGAGCCGGCGUCUCUGCAGCUCUGCUGUCUGCCGCUGUUCCUGUCUUUACUGACGCAUGAGGUGUAUUACAACACUGAGACAGCAGAGGGAGACACUGCAGCACAGCCUCCACAGCGCCCUCUGUCGGUCAGCUAUCAUGGCUCUCGGCUGGUCCAGGCUCUGUGUGGGUUCAGAGAUCGCUCCGUCCUGAUGAACAGCCUGCAUUCGCUGAGAUCCGCGGAUCUGCUUUCUCUAGGCUGUGAUCGCUCCGGCAGCCACGCGUUACAGGCCCUGAUGACCAGCGGCAGCGACAAGGGCAGAGCCAAGAUCCUGCGCAAGAUGCAGGACAUAUAUGUGGAUCUGGCUUGUUCAGCGUGUGGCAGUCGACUGCUGGAGGCCGUGUGGAGCAGCGCCACCGUCAGCCAGAAGCAGAGCAUUGCAGAGAAACUGGCCCCAAGUGAGAGCCGUCUGAGGUCUGAUCAGUUUGCGCGACACAUUUGGGCGAAAUUCGGCUUGAUGAACUUUCUGAAGAGACGAUCUGAUUGGAUGGAGGCACAGAGCGGAGAAUCCAGGAAAAGGAAGAUGUUCAGCGAAUUACUGAAGGAUUAAUUCUCAUUAUUACAGAUCUUCAAAUCAGUUCAUCUGAACGACGCAUUCAUUCGUUUUUAUUUCGCUUUCAUGCUGCAUUUUAUAAAUAAAAACAUCCAAAACAUAA